AUGGAUGCGUCCACGCUCCGCGCGCUGAUAGACUCGUCGAGUCAUGAGCUCGCACAACUGCAUGAACGUCUCGGAAGCGCGCCCGAGAAGCUGGAGGAGGCGAUGGCCGCGCUGACGACGUGCAUUCACGAGGCCAUCCAUGCGCAGGUGCGCCGGGUCGAGGCGCAGGUCGCCGACGUGCAGGCGGCGUGCGCGGACUACCACGAGCGCAUCGCGCGCCUCGGUCGCGCUACGGGCGCAGUGCCUGCGCUAAUCACGCCGACGAUGCCGCUGCUGGCCCAGCGCGACGCACUCGCCGCGGAGCAGGCGCGUCUUGAGUCGCUGUACGCGGCGCAGCGCGAGCAGUGCGAUGCUCUGCUGGGCCAGGCCCGCACGCUGAAUGCGUGCAUGUCCGAGGCUGGUGGGCCGCCGCCCGCGACGGACGCGGAAGGCGACGCCCUGCGUAACGUGUCCGCCGAAACACUGCGUCAGUGCGAGGCGUACCUGCAGCAUGUCCAGCAGGUGUACAAAACACGCAAAGUGCAGAUGGAGGCGCAGCUCAGCGAGAUUCUCCAGCUGUGGUCGGAGCUGCACAUUGCGCCGCAAGUCGCCGUGCACGCCGGCCGUGCAUCGGCGCUCGCCGCGCACCCCGUCGAGAGCGCGUUCCACCUGGCGAUCCUGCAUUACACACAGCAGGUCCCCGUGUUCAGCGCGGAUGGCGCCUUUUAUGGACAGUUCGACGUGCAGUCGCCUGGCCCCGCUGCGCCUGCGCCUGCGGAUCUCAGCAUGGCGCUCACGGAUACGCCGACCAAGUCGCACGGCGAGCCGCUGCCGCUACCCGCGCAGGAGAGCGAGGCGCCUGCGCCUGCGCUCCUGCAGCCGAGCGACACGGUGCUUGAGCAGAGUGCGACGCUGCGCGAGUCGCUCGAGCAGGAGAAGACUGCGCGCGAGUCGAGCAUCCAGUCGUACUACGACGAGCUGUGUGAGCUGUGGAUGCGCUUUGAUGUGCCUGAGACAGAGAUGGACGCGUUCGUGCUCGACCACCGCGGCAGCACACUGCAAGUGGUCGAUGCGUACCGCACCGAGCUCGACAAGAUGCGCGCGCUCAAGUCGCAGCACAUGGCGCUCUUUGUGCUGAAGACGCGCGAGCAGAUUUGGGAGCAGUGGGAUGCCCUGUUUAUGAGCGAAAGCGAGCGCGAGUCCAUGUUUCCCGCGUACUUUGUGCCGCUGCCCGGCGAGGACGACAGUGCGGCGCCCUCGUUCGACUGGGACGAGCUGCUCGCCGAGCACGAGCAGGUCUAUGCGCGCCUCGCCGAGAUGCUCGAGCAGCGCGCGCCGAUCCUGAGCCUGAUCGGGCGGUACCGCGCGAUCUGUGACGAAGCACGUGCCCUGGAGGAGAGCGCGCAGGACGGCUCGCGCCUGCUGGGCCGGGGCAACCGCGGCGACCCUGGGCGGCUGCUCCGCGAGGAAAAGAUGCGGAAGCGGGUCAAGGUACAGAAGCCCAAGCUGGAGCAGGAGCUGCUCAAGGUGCUCCCCGCAUGGGAGGCCGAGCAUGGCAUCCCCUUCCUCAUGGACGGCCAGCGCUUUAUCGAGUACCUGCAGGACCAGCUGGGCGGCACCAAGGAGAAUGCGCGCGGUGCACACCGCGCGCCAUCGAGCGCUGGUGCGCGGACCGCGAGUCUGGCCGCAUCGCGCGCGGCGAACGCGGUGCCGGCCACGCCGGCGACGAACGUCAAGCGCGUGCCCCGCACAGUUCGUACCUCUCGUCGUCGCUCCACCGUAGUGCGACGCCCGCCCUGCCGCGCUGGUAGCGGGCUUGUAGAUACCCAUCCGCGUCUCCACAUCACACACCUCCAUACGGCAGGCGUUCCCCCGUCCACGAUGAGCGACGGCGCAGCGGCGCUGGCGGCUGCGUUGGCGGACGCGACGCACGCGUCGGGCGUGUCUGUCACGGAGCUAUGUGAGACCAAGAUCCGCGAGGCGGAUCAUGCGCACGAUGCGGCUGUGCAGGCGCGGCUGCCUGUCUGGGAGGCACUCGCGGCGCAGGGGCGCACGUCGCGGCGGGACCUCGCGACGAUGCGCACGGCACUUGAGCAGUUUCAUACGCAGCUCCAGCGCGCAUCGGAGCAUAUUGAGCAGCUGCAGCAGCGCUUCAAUACACUGGAAAAGCAGCUGGACGAGCGCGAGACGGACGCGGCUGCGCUGGCCGAGUGGCUCGCGACAGCUGCGCUGCCGCCGCCCGUCGUGCGGCUCGUGUGUGAGACGGCGGUCAGCGCGGAUGUGGCGGCGUGGGUAGAUGCGGUGCGCUGCGUCGAUGAGCAGCAGCGCGUCGUGGCCGCGUACGAGGCAGCCCUGCCGACGCCGCCGCCGGAGAGUGCGCGCGCCGAGGUCGCGGCGGUCGCGGAGCAGUGCCGCACUCUCAUGAUCCAAAAGAUCUACACGCACCUGCAGGCGCUCUGGGAGCCGAUCCGCACCUCCGUCUCGACGACGCUGCCGAUCCUCCAGUUCUCCGUGGUGCUUCCCCACAAUGAGCCGCUGUACCACUUUGUGGCGACGCAUGCGCCGCGCGUCGCGGCCGAGGUGCAGCUGUCGUACGUGAAUGCAGUGCGGCUGUACUACGAGGUGGCGUUCCGCCGCUACGUGCGGGAGCUCAAGCGCAUCUUGCACCGCUGGAGCGAGCCGGCCAUGCACGUCGCGCAAGCCGCGCGGUACCCGACAGCGGUGUACGCGCAGGAGCGCCAGAAGUAUGCCCAGCCAUCCACCGACGAUGCAGCGGUCCUCGCGUACCAGAGCGAAGACACCGCGUUCGUGACGUGCCCUGAGCACCUCUUCCACACCCUCGCGCUCGUGUUCCUCGAUACGGCCUGCUCCGAGUACGCCUUUCUCGCGCGCUUCUUUGCGGGCGUCGGCAUGCACGAGAGCCGCGCGCCAGGCGCCCCGAUGAUGCCCCCCUCGAGCAUGCUGGGCCUCACCGCGGAGCAGAGCCGCACGCAGGGGGCGACGGUCACGCGCGAGACGUGGCGGCAGGCGAUGGAGCCGCCGAUGGCCCUGUGGGCCGAAUUCCGCCAGGCUGUGCUGGCGCUACCGAACCUGCCUGUGCUUGCGCUGCUGACCAUGGCGAACCUGACGCAGGCGCUCAUGCGCGUGGCGGCCGCGCGCCACUGCCUCAUGCCCGAGCUCGAGUCGGCGCUGAUGCAGCACGUGCUCGAGGCGUGGCCCCUGAUCGCCAAGGCGCUCAACGCGGAGGUCGAGGCGCUGCAGGCGCUCACGGUCGGUGCGCCUGCAGCGCCUGGCGCGCCGAGCACAGGCGCCGGGUUCCUCGAGCGCUGGGUGUCGUCGCACACGGACCUGAGUCGCGGCCAUGCGUGCGAGGCACUCACCCAGAUCCUCACGGCGUAUGCGCAGCUGUUUGCCGGCGUCACUGAGCUCGCGACGCCCGAGCACGAGGUCAUGCUGUUGGCGGGCCUUGGGCGUAUGCACACGGAGCUGGCCCGCCUCGUGCGCGAGUACGCCACGUACGAGUACGGGCGGCACUCUGACCGCACGAGCCCUGCCGAGCUGUGUGCGCUCGUGCCCCGCGCCCUCGCUGCGCGCCUGCCCAGCGAGGCUGCGCACGAUACCCACGCGGCCGAGGCGGCCAAGUGGUCGGCGCUUGCCGAGACGCUACGCGGCGAGGCGGCCGCCUAG